AUGAUUUUUUCGCUGGGCGUUCUCUUGCAGGGCUCGCGUGCGGCUGACCGUAGCACUGAAGAGGGGGAGGCUGCGAUUACUGAUAUGGCAGAAGAAUGUACCGCAUAUUAUUACGAGCCUUCAGCGUCACAUAUCAGCUCGUUUCCUCCAAUAUGGCAGCCAGCGUCAAUACUAUCUGGCGAUACGGUCGCACAAGCCAAAUGGCAGUCGAUCUCUGGUAGCAUUCCAAACAUUUCAGGCACUCCUUCCGGAAACUUCUCCAACGUCACUUAUACCGCGGACGAUCCCGAUUGUUGGUGGACCUACCAUCAAUGCGUCGAGCCCAAGCUUCAAGGAAUACCCCCGGACAUCGCCGUACUACCAGAGCCUGAUACGCUAGCGUUCGGUUUUGAUGAUGGCCCGAACUGUUCCCACAACGCGUUUUACGAUUAUCUGAUGGACCAGGAUCAAAAAGCUACUAUGUUCUAUAUCGGAAGCAACGUUAUGGAUUGGCCAUUGGAGGCGCAAAGAGCGAUCGCGGAUGGACAUGAAGUCUGCGUUCAUACCUGGUCGCAUCGAUACAUGACCGCACUCGAAAGUCCAGACGCGUUCGCCGAGCUCUAUUACUGCAAGAAGCUCAAUCUAAUAUUGUUAAAGAUGGAAGCCAUCAAGCUUGUCACUGGCCUAACACCUAAAUGCUGGCGGCCACCUUUCGGUGACGUUGACGACAGAAUACGAGCCAUUGCCAAUGCACUCGGCCUUCAAACUAUUCUCUGGAAAUACGAUUCGAACGACUGGAAAGCCGGGACUGGCAACGUUACUACCGAGACCGUCGAUGCGAACUAUCAGAGUUUGAUAGACGACGCUAACAAUGGUGUCUUUAGCACUGAAGGUGCCAUCAUCUUGACGCAUGAGCUCAAUAAUUAUACUAUGGCCACUGCAAUGAAAUGGUACCCUCAGUUGAAGGCGGCGUUUAAGUACAUUGUGCCGGUCGCCGUCGCGCUGAACAAUACUCAACCCUAUGUCGAAACCGACUCUACAAUGCCUUCGUUCGAACAAUACAUUUCUGGCGAAACAACGACUACAGAUAAUAGUGACAGCAACAGCACCACUACCACCAGCAGCAGCAGCAGUACCAGCAGCAGUGCCAGUACUAGCAGCGGGGGCACGAACAAAAGCGGGUCAGUGUCGACGUCAGCCUCAGCCUCAGGGUCGAACUCUGCUGGCCAGUCAUCUUCUAAAACGAAUGGCGCAUCACCGGUGUCGCCCGACAUGGUGUCCUCAUUUGGUGCGGCAUUGGCUGCUCUUGGGUAUUUGGCAGUGGGAGCGUUUUAGCUCAGACAUUUUUAAUAUCAACGUUUAUUCAUAAUCGUAAUCGAUCAGUGCAUCUUACUUGAUUUGUUAGACAAUCGUUUCGGACAGUUCAUGUAUUCGAUACUAGAUACCACACAUUGUACUGUUACGCACAAGAAAUUCAAGAUACGAUACUUUAGAUAGCCGAGCGGGAUCAUUGCAAGCUGGAAGGACGAAGAAAAGCU